AUGGAGAAGCCAUUUUGUUCAAAAGAUGAUGACGAGAAACAUGCAAGGAAACGACGUCGCGGCGGGCAUACAGCCCCGGCAGGUUGCUUCUGGGUCUGCGUGGGAGCUCAUAAACAGAGAUUUGCGAUCAAAACCGAAUACACGAAACAUCCUCUCUUCAAGAAGCUGGUUGAAGAAGCCGAGAAGGAGUACGGACACCGAAACCAAUUAGGCCCUCUUGCGCUUCCCUGCAGCGUUCACAUCUUCUACAAUGCCUUAAUAAAGAUGGAAUUUGAUGAUCAUGCCAAUCAGCUAUCUACUACUCGUUAUCCCUUCUCCUACCACCCAAUCAGUCCCUUCAACAUAUAUGCCAUCAAUCAGUUCUAG